AUGGAUCUCCGAAAUUGUCAGAGCGUUAGAACUUUAAUCGUUUAUCGACCGCCUAACAACACGUCGUGUGCCCUGUUUUUUGAGGAAUUUUCUAGACUGCCAGAAAAUGUUUUAUCUGAGACCUCCGCUAGCCUAAUGAUUACUGGGGAUCUAAAUUUUCAUAUGGAAAAUUCUAACAACGCCCAUACUAGGUAGUUCUUUGAAAUUCUUGAAACCUUUGAUCUCAAACAGAAUGUCUCUUCGGCUACUCACGCAAGUGGCCACACCCUAGAUCUGCUAAUAACAAGAUUAAAUGAGGAAAUUGUAAGGAACGUUAAGAUCCAUGACCCAAUGAUCUCUGAUCUCCUUGCAGUAUUUUGUAAUUUAUCUCUCAAAAAACCUCAGUUCAGGAAGAAAGUUAUCAGCACUCGAAAACUGCGCUCCUUGGAUACUGACUCCUUUUACGAGGAUGUUCGUAAUUCUUCUUUGGUUCAAGAACAACCCACUGACUUGGAUAGUGAAGUUGAUCAAUAUGAUCAUGGUCUUCGAAUGCUUUUGGACCAAUACGCCCUCGCUAGAAAGCGUUUGGUGACAAUAACACUUGUUGCACCAUGGCAUUCGCUAAUAGUCGCUACUGAAAAACAGAAAAGAUGUCGCUUACAGAGAAAAUGGCGGAAGACACGCCUACAGAGUGACCGGGAAUCGCACCAGUAUCAGUGUUGCGUUGUCAACGAUUUGAUUAGUUCACUGAAAUCUACUUAUUAUACAUCAAUAAUUACUGAGCAUCCCUCAGAUCAAAGGGUGCUGUUUAGAACUGUAAACAAGCUUAUGCAGAAAUCUUAUGAGACGCGAUAUCCA